UCUGCGACGCACCAUUUCAACUUUGUCCCCUCAGACAGACUCCAAAAGUUCUACUACACACUCAAGCGUAUUGAUCUGAUUGUCUGUUGCAUUUUCUCUCCUGUCGGAGAGUUUCAUUGAAAUUUCAUCAGCUGCUCUCUUCUCUGGAUAAUGACACUGACACCAGACAUGGAGUGCAAAGGAAUGCACAACUUCAACCUGCUCACCAGCAUAGAGGAAUCAACUGGCUACUAUCCAUGGACACCUAAUGAAUCUCCAAGCCCUCCGGGCAGUGGUGCUGAUGACUUCCUAGACACUCUUCUGCAUGACUCCUCGGUGCCAGCCUCCCCCCUGUGGUCUCCAUGCACCACAGACAAUGGUGUUAACGAGGACCCCCUGGUAGAACUUACGGAAAGCCCCCAUCCAAUCUCCUGCACACUGUUCCCUACCCUUGACACACAGGUUUUUCCUCAGCCCACCAACCUGGAGAAUCCACCUGCUGCAAAAGAGAAGGUGCCUGAUUUGUCAAUGGAUUUCGGUUGGGAGUCGGAGGGCAGUCAUGAAGAGUUUGGUAUUACAUACUACCUUUCCGACAGCCAAGCCCCACUGCUGCAAUCAACCUGCACGCUCACAGUAAAAGACCUGCUUUUAUCCAACCUGGGACAGAACGCGCAGCGAAUCGCUCAGCAUUCCUUGCAGGAGCUUGUGCUUAAUGAGGAUGAGAAGAAGCUUCUAGUUAAAGAGGGCAUAAAUUUGCCCUGCAAACUACCCCUAUCCAAGUUUGAGGAGAGGAUUUUGAAGAAGAUCCAGCGGAAAAUCCGCAACAAACGUUCGGCUCAAGAAAGCAGAAAAAAGAAGAGAGAAUAUGUUGACAGUCUGGAAGGGAGGAUGGCUGCGUGUAGUUCCCAAAACAUCGAACUUCAGAGAAAAAUCCAGAAGUUGGAAGAGACAAAUAAUGCACUGCUGGAGCAGCUAAGCCAGCUACAGGCUCUCUUGCCUAAUAGCUCCUGCAAAACAACAAAUAGAGGAACCUGCAUCCUGGUUUUGCUCCUCUCCUUCUCUCUGCUCCUUUCCCCAAACAUUCUGCCAGACCCUUACAGCCAAUGCAGCCAUGCAGAACAUACAGAAAACACAGUGUCGUCGCCCUCCCUGCAGUCGAGGGAUGUGGGAGAUGUCCAUUCUCAACCUCUUCCACUUCCCUCCGUCUCCUGGGGCUUAGAGGACCUGCGAAGCCUGAAGAUGAAGCUUUGGUCCUGGAUGGACCUCCCACCCGUACACCUCCAGUCUCCUCAUCAACAGGGACACAAGACCGGAGAUGAUUACGGCUCUCGGCGGAGCAGAAACAUGUAGCAACAGGAGUGCUGACUUGCUUGCAAGUGCAGCAGAGUGUUCCUUUAGUUGCUUUUUUUCAGCAUCUGUAUCUGUCUGUAAGGUGGUGCUGCUUCAGUGCACAAACAAAUGCUUCUAACCGGGAUUUUUUUCAUUAAAUUAUAGUGAGUGAAAAGCUCAUCCACAGUGGUGUAAAAAAAGAAAAUAUCUUCAAGGUCCCUGUUUAUGUAAACAAGUAUUAACCGAGGAUGAUCAGUAGCUGUUUCACUCCUUUAUUUUAUUAUGCACUUUAAAUACAUUUUGUAAAAUAAGUUGGGAAUAACUUUAACGUGGUCUGUAACAUUUCAGUGAAAUGAUAAUAAAUGCAGAGAAGAUAAAUCGGUUUUUUUUUUUUUUUGUUAAUGUGUAUAUUUUUGUCUAAAAUAAUUCAUGUUCAGUAAAAAGUAAAAUGUAUUAAAUAAGACAAACAGCAUUGGAAUAAAGUGAAAAGGAUCUAAGAAAAUAGGAACCCUAUAAUGAUGGUGAUGAUAUUUUCCCAGGUGCCGGUAGGACAACUGGAAAAAAAUGGGAUGAGUGUCAACAUAUUUGUGUACAUGUUUGUGUGAUAAUCUAGGACAGAGCAUUCAGGUCCUUAGCUACCGAUGCAAACACCCUGGAAUGCAUCAAACAGAAACCAUUAACUUAUAUGAUUUUAAGCAGAAUUUUAGGUGACAGACCAAUAUAAAUGGUUCAUAGCGACUGUAGUGACAAUCGCAUCUCUUCCACCUGUUCAUAUUUAGACACAAAUUAUUUUGUUUGUACUCUCCUCACCUGCUAGAUUUAGCUCAAGAUUUUUACUUGACUUUUCCAACAAACAAAAAGGUUCUAAGCUAACUUAUUCCCUUAUAUCGAUGAUUUUAUUUUCAAGGUUCUCCUGUAGUGUGAACCUUCUAGUUUGAACUAUUUUUUGGUGCCUCUAGCAGGUUUUCUCAAACCAUCACCCUGUAUUUAGCUCUAGCCAUCUUUUCCCGGCUGCGGAUAAAGCAUCCCCACAGCAUGACACUAUUACCACCAUGUUUUACUGUAGAGAUUUGGGUUCCUUAGGUUGAUGUGAAGUGUUUUCUAUUAAACAUGGCAUUUGCAUAUUGUCUUAUCUGA